AUGAAUUUAGUUUUUAUCAGACAAGCUGGGACUCUGCUGUUUAUUUGCAUGAUUUUAAUUCUUCUGCAUGGCUCCAGAGGCGAAAUACCUUCUAAACCAAUUGCAGCCACUAUUUUGCCAUCGUUUAAGCCUAAUGAUGGAGUCCAGACUUAUCCAGAGGACCAGAAAAAUAAUUUACCCGUGUUUACAAUGAAUUAUCCAAGAAUCCAGAUUCCCUUUGAAAUUACUCUUUGGGUGCUGCUGGCUUCUUUUGCAAAAAUUGGUUUUCAUGUUUACCACAAGAUCACCAUCUGGGUGCCUGAGUCGUGCCUUCUCAUCAGCAUCGGCCUGAUAGUGGGCGCUAUCAUGCACUCUGUUCACGAGGAACCCCCCGCUGUGCUCACCAGUAAUGUCUUCUUCCUCUACAUGCUGCCCCUAAUUGUCCUGGAGUCAGGCUACUUCAUGCCCACCAGGCCUUUCUUUGAGAACGUUGGGACGGUGUUGUGGUUCGCCGUGGUGGGGACACUGUGGAACAGCAUUGGCAUUGGCAUCUCUCUGUUCGCCAUAUGCCAGAUUCCGGCCUUUGGCGUGCAAGACAUCAACCUCCAGGAGAACCUGCUGUUCUCCGCCAUCAUCUCGGCCGUGGACCCCGUGGCUGUGCUGAACGUGUUUGAGGACGUGUCUGUGAACGAGCAGCUCUACAUCGUAGUGUUCGGAGAGUGCCUCUUCAAUGAUGCUGUCACUGUGGUGUUGUACAACAUGUUCAGCUUUGUUGCGGAAAUGCCGGUGGUGGAGCCGGUGGAUGUGUUCAUUGGAGUGGCGAGGUUCUUCAUUGUGGGGCUCGGUGGGAUGGCAUUUGGCAUCCUGUUUGGCUUUGUGGCAGCCUUCACCACAAGAUUCACCUCCAAGGUCCGAGAAAUCGAGCCACUCUUCGUAUUCAUGUACAGCUACCUGGCCUAUCUGGUGGCAGAGCUGUUUGCCAUCUCAUCCAUCAUGGCCAUUAUAACCUGUGCCCUCACCAUGAAGUACUAUGUCGAGGAAAACGUUUCCCAGCGUUCCUGCACGACCAUCAGACACGUGAUUAAGAUGCUUGCCUCUAUCUCGGAGACGCUCAUCUUCUUCUUCUUAGGGGUCGUCACCAUCACAACUGACCAUGAGUGGAACUGGGGCUACAUCCUCUUCACGCUGCUGUUUGCUUUUGUAUGGAGAGGUCUGGGUAUCUUGGUGUUGACUCAGAUCAUUAACCCUUUCCGCACCAUCCCAUUCAACAUGAAAGAUCAGUUUGGUCUCGCGUAUGGAGGUCUGCGAGGGGCAGUUUCUUUCGCCCUUGCCUUCACGCUUCCUGAUACCAUUGGCCGCAAACAGCUCUUUGUCACUGCCACCAUUGCAGUUAUCCUCUUCACCGUCUUUCUUCAGGGCAUCAGUAUCCGACCUCUGAUUGAGUUCAUCAAUGUCCGAAGAACAAACCGCAACCUUGACACCAUUAAUGUAGAGAUUCACUGCAGGCUCAUGGAGCAUACAAUGGCAGGCAUAGAGGAUCUCUGUGGGCAGUGGAGCCGCUUCUACUGGAAGGACAAGUUUAUGAAGUUUAACAACAGAAUCCUGCGUAAGAUCCUCAUCCGAGACAGCAGGGCAGAGUCCAGUAUUGUGGCGCUCUAUAAGAAGCUAGAGCUGCAGAAUGCCAUGGAAAUCCUGGACACAGCGUCCGGAGACAUCAGCGCUGCUCCUUCCAUCAUCUCCCUCUCCGAGGAAAAGAAAAGCUCUUCUAAACUCCAGAAAAAGUACCUGGCUGCUGACCUGAGGAACAUCCACGACAUCCUGUCCAAGAACAUGUACAAGAUCAGGGAGCGGACGGUGGCAUAUAGAGGAAAGCAUGCUCUGCCCAAUGACAGCCAGACCAGAGAGAUACUGAUCAGGCGCCAUGCCACCAUUCGACGAAGCCUCCGACCUCGUAGUUUUCAGUCAUCGAAUGUGCCCAGGACACACAAGUAUUUCUCGCUUCCUGCUGGAAAGAGUCUGGAGUCAAGAUUUGAUGCUGCGAGGUGGCACUACACAGAUGAUCAUGAGACCCUGUCAGAAGUUGCCUACCCAUCUCAACGCUCCCGGUUUGGCAAGCCCGCACGCUCCUCCUCCAAAGCCAUGAUGCCUCUGCACAGGCUGGGCACUCUGGAAGAAGUACCAUCUACUGAUGCUCUGAAUGAAGAGAGCAGCAGUACGGGGCAGGGUGUGUUCAGGACAAACUCCUCCUACAGUGAUUCCCGCGUGCCUCGUCCUCGCCGCUUAAAUUCCUCAUUUGAUGAUAACAACAGUUCAGUGGAUGACUUAAGAAAUGUUCACGAAGAAGACGGCGCAGAGCAAGUUGGGCAGUGUCAGCCUUCGUCUCCAGCGCCAGGCUGGGCGGCUGAGCCCAGAGAGACCACGGCUCGAAACCCUCUGCUCAGGCGGCCUCAGUGGAACCCCAAGAAGAAAUAA